AUGGAGUACAACACUUUUAGCCUCCGUUCCACGGCUGCACGCGCAGCAGGGAGACAAAGAAGGGGGAGGGGGAAGAGCAGGGGCAGCAUAGGCACGGGCAGCAACGGGCGACGACGGGCAGCACAGGCACGGGCAGCAACGGGCGGCAACGGGCAGCACAGGCACGGGCAGCAACGGGCGGCGACGGGCAGCACAGGCACGGGCAGCAACAGGCAGCAACGGGCAGCACAGGCACAGGCAGCAACGGGCGGCAACAGGCAGCACACCCACGGGCAGCAACAGGCAGCACAGGCACGGGCAGCAACGGGCGGCAACAGGCAGCACAGGCACGGGCAGCAACGGGCGGCAACGGGCAGCACAGGCACGGGCAGCAACAGGCGGCAACAGGCAGCACACGCACGGGCAGCAACAGGCGGCAACGGGCAGCACAGGCACAGGCAGCAACGGGCAGCACAGGCUCGGGCAGCAACAGGCGGCAACGGGCAGCACAGGCACGGGCAGCAACGGGCGGCAACGGGCAGCACAGGCACAGGCAGCAAUAGGCAGCAACGGGCAGCACAGGCACAGGCAGCAACGGGCGGCAACAGGCAGCACAGGCACGUGCAGCAACAGGCAGCACAGGCACGGGCAGCAACGGGCGGCAACAGGCAGCACAGGCACAGGCAGCAACAGGCAGCAACAGGCAGCACAGGCUCGGGCAGCAACAGGCGGCAACGGGCAGCACAGGCACGGGCAGCAACGGGCGGCAACGGGCAGCACAGGCACAGGCAGCAACAGGCAGCAACGGGCAGCACAGGCACAGGCAGCAACGGGCGGCAACAGGCAGCACAGGCACGGGCAGCAACAGGCAACACAGGCAUGGGCAGCAACGGGCGGCAACAAGCAGCACAGGCACGGGCAGCAACAGGCAGCAACGGGCAGCACAGGCAGGCAGCCGUACCGAGUCCAAGAGCGGCGGCGCAUACAGCUGUAGGGUCGGCGCCGUGGGCAGGGGGGAGGGCGCCGCGACGAGUAGGAACGGCGCCCAAGGGGUGCCGCUACGAGUAG